CGGAAGUGAACCACACAGAGCGUCUUGCGUCGGAAGUGAGCAGUGUGCGCCGGAAGCAGCUUCAGAAGCAACCUCGUGGAGGAGCUGGCAGCAUGGGGCAGUCGGGGCGGUCCCGGCACCAGAAGCGCGCUCGCGCCCAGGCCCAGCUCCGCAACCUCGAGGCCUACGCCGCACAGCCGCAUUCGUUCGUGUUCACGCGAGGCCGGGCGGGUCGCAGUGUCCAGCAGCUCAGCCUGGAUGUGCGGCGGGUGAUGGAGCCGCUCACCGCCACUCGUCUACAGGUUCGAAAGAAGAACUCACUGAAGGACUGUGUGGCAGUGGCCGGCCCCCUCGGGGUCACACACUUCCUUAUCUUGAGCAAAACAGACAGCAGUGUGUACUUGAAGCUGAUGCGCCUCCCGGGAGGCCCCACUUUGACCUUCCAGAUCAACAAGUACACACUGGUGCGGGAUGUCAUCUCCUCCCUGCGCCGACACCGGAUGCAUGAGCAGCAGUUUAACCAUCCACCGCUUCUGGUGCUCAACAGCUUCGGCGUCCAGGGCAUGCACAUCAAGCUCAUGGCCACCAUGUUCCAGAACCUGUUCCCGUCCAUCAACGUGCACACGGUGAACCUGAACACCAUUAAGCGCUGCCUCCUCAUUAACUACAACCCGGACUCCCAAGAGCUGGACUUCAGGCACUAUAGCAUCAAAGUGGUGCCCGUGGGUGCGAGCCGGGGCAUGAAGAAGCUCCUGCAGGAGAAGUUUCCCAACAUGAGCCGCUUGCAGGAUAUCAGUGAGCUGCUGGCUACGGGUGUAGCACUGUCAGAGAGUGAGGUGGAGCCAGAUGGUGAGCACAAUAUCACAGAACUACCCCAGGCUGUGGCCGGCCGUGGCAACAUGCAGGCCCAGCAGAGUGCCGUCCGACUCACAGAGAUUGGACCCCGGAUGACACUGCAGCUCGUUAAGAUCCAGGAGGGUGUUGGGAACGGCAAUGUCCUCUUCCACAGUUUUGUGCACAAGACCGAGGCAGAACUGCAGGCCAUCUUGGCAGCAAAGGAGGAGAAGCUACGACUCAAGGCCCAGCGUCAGAACCAGCAGGCUGAGAACCUACAGCGCAAGCAGGAACUGCGCGAGGCCCACAAGUAUGCAAAGGCCGUGGGCAGAACGCUGGGUUGGCGCCUGUGCAAGCUAAAACCCUUGUCACUCUUGUCCUCCAGGAAGAAGAGCCUGGCGGGCAUGAAGCGAGCCCGGGCAAGGACCGAUGGGGACAGUGAUGCCGAGGACCCUGGGGCACCUCCAGAGGCAGUAGGAGCAAACCAGAAUGAGGAGGAUGAGGAUGAUGCUGAGUAUUUUCGCCAAGCUGUGGGCGAGGAGCCUGACGAGGACAUGUUCCCCAGAGUGGGCAAGCGGAGGCGGAUGGGAAGACCUCCAGGCAAGAAGCAGCGUGGGAAGGAGCAGAGGCCUGGCUCAGGCAGGGGUCAGGGUGGCAACUGGCGGCCUCCGAAACCAAAGGGCAGAUUCCAAGGAGUCAAGACCAAGCUGGGACCCAGAGUCAGACGGCAGGCCACAGGUCGGCCAUCAAGAACCUGAGGCUGCUUGGCAGUGGAUGAACCAUAGAUGCCCCAGAUUGGGGCGUGAGAGCUGCCCUGGGCUCCAGUGUAGCCCGGUUUCCUUUCAUAAAGGAGCUAUUCAGUUCUUCCAAUAAACUUGAACUUGGCA